GCCUCGCCUCGCCUCAGGAGCUCCCGCCGACGCCCGCUCUCAGGUACUUGUGCUCUCCGCCCUGCGCUGGCCGCGCAGCCGCUGCCCGCCGGCCAUGGCCGGCGCUCCCGAGGGCCCCUCACCGGGAGGGCUAGGCCUCAGGUGAUGCGGGGCCGAGCCACCGGCUCUGGAGCUCGGGUCUUGGCGCUAAACCGCAUCAUUCCCACUGACUCCCGGGGGGUAGAAAGGUGCCAAUCUUCCUCUCCCUUUCCUGCCUCUCCAAGGCUAAGGGGGGGAAAGGCAAGCGGUGGGCAAAGUAUCGAGGUGCUAUUCUGUCUCCUCCUUGUCCGCCGCCAGCACUGAUGUGCCGUCUGAUGAUUAAAAAUUUAUCAGGCAGACAUCUCAGCCAGGGAGGACAAAGCCCAGUAGGCCCCCCAGCCCCACGUCCUGGAUGGUCAAUGAGGUAGGGACCACUGACAAGGCUGUGUGGCGGCUUUCCGGCACGGCUGCAGGCUGAGAACCUCUGCAGUGUUUCUUCUCGUGGCUUUGCUCCCCAGUAAGCCUGUCGAUGACAAAACCCUGGCUUUUUGCAGCACCUAGGCUUGCUUAUGUCUGUCAGCUGGAAAGCUGCCCCCCGAGCAAAAACACCUGUGUUCCACAGGCCCUCAUGUUGCCGAUUUUUUGUUUUACAGGCACUAGCCACGUUACACGUGUGAUGCUGCUUGGCGAAGAUACAAUUGCAGAAAAUGUCACCUCAAGAGCUUGCUGCACUGCUCUGCAAAGAAGGGGACCACCAUCUCGCCCAGCAGGAGUUACCAAUAGCCACUGCUUUCUACACAGCUGCCUUCAGCUGCAGUGCCCCCACAGCAGUACAGAAAGUGAACUCCUUAGAUAGAGGGCUCUGGGAGAAAGUGAUAGCCACUCUGGAGAUGUGGUGCAAAGGCAAGAAUCAGAUUCCCAAGAUUCAGAGCAAGAACUUGGCCGUUGUUUCCCUCAGUGUAGGAAUAGCUGCCAUGUUUCUCUCCAGCUUAAGUCCCGACAAUGUGGUGUCCACAGUAUAUAAACUGGAGACCCUGCUCAGGCAAGGAUGCUCAGAGGAGGUGGUGAGUAAAUGCAAUACCCUGCUCAAGGCUAACCCUAAGUAUUCAAUGGAACUGCUGCUGCUGAGGGCAUUAGCAUGGCUGCUAUCAGGGACACAAGUUCAGAAGGGAGUUGCGGACUAUAUCCAAGCCUUUGUGAUGCAUCGGGCUGAGGCAGUGGCCUAUGUGUGUACUAGGCAGAGGGAACACCUGCCACGGGUCAUCCAGGCCUUCUCUAAUUAUGUCUCAACAUACCAGAAAGAAAGCCCCGACUGCAGUUCCUUGGACCAGUGGCUGGGCAACUGCUAUGACUUCCUGUCUGCAGUGGCACCGGAUGAUAUCUGGGUUUGCAGGGCUCAGGCAGCUUACCUCUUUAAGAAAAGCAAAUUUGAGGAGUGUGUGGCAGUUUGUAGCAAGGCCCUCAAGGGCUUCUCAGCUGAUAAUCUCAGAGAUGAGAAAGCUUUGGGUCUGCUCUUGGAACGGGCUGCUGCAUAUUUCUUCUUGGGUGGACGGAUGCAGGAAAUGAUUCAGGAUUUAGCGGAAGCCUUUGCAGCAACCCCUGCCCAGGCAAUGAAACACUUUGAAGAGCUUUUCUCACCACAUGACACUGAGAGGAUAGAAGAACAGGCUAGAACUGUCCUGGAGGUGAAGUUUGCAGCAUACAGGGAGGCUGUGCGUGCUCGGACUGAACUCAGAGGCAAUCAUGGUACUGAACUGCUCCCUUCUGUCAUCCAGACAGUCCAGUUCCUCCUUCAGAUCUCCCCAGGGUCCAAACGUGAGCUCAGUGUUCGGCUAGCAGACUGCUAUCUCCUGCGUGGGUGCAUCAGAACUGCCCUGGACAUCUGUGACCACCUCUUGGCAGCAGAGCAGAAAACUUACUACAAUACUCUCUUAGCAUUGCGAGGAUUCUGCUCCCUCCACGCUCAUGACCAUCAGCAAGCUCUGCAGGACUUUCAAAAGGUCAUUGAGCAUGAUUCCCCACAUCCUAACAGCUGUAUUAAAGCCUUAUGCGGGCGUGGACUUAUCCGGAUUUCUGGUGGCAGCCAUUACUUGACAGCCCUGGAUUAUAUCACAGCUUGCCAGUUAAAGCUGGAAGAAACCAUCUUUACAAUCAAGUCCUAUGUGCCAUGGAACCAAAGAGGCCUGCUGCUAAAAGUUCUCCAAGAAGAAGGACAGAAGAUGCUCCAGAAGAAGAGGUACCCAGGAGGCAGUUCAGCCUGUGGGCAGAAAAAGAAACAGAGCUGUGCAGAUUCCUAACAGAAAGAGCGCGAUGCCCCUGGGGUUUACCAGCUGGCUUCCCUCUUGGUGGAGCUGGACGCUUCCGAUGAAGCAUCAUGGAUCCUUUGUGCUGAUGCCCUGUACCAGAUGGGCUGUGUAGAAGAAGCUCACAGGCUCCUCUUGCUAGCACUCUCCAGAAAUCCACAAAGGUCUCCCAUCCUGGUUAGACUCGCGCUUCUGCAAUUGAAGAAAGGUUUCAUGUAUGAUGGCAACCAGCUGCUAAAGAAAGUGAUCAGAAUUGGAGAUACCUCCUGCCUCCUGCCAAUCAUGGACAUUUUCAAAGAUGAAGACCGGAAGCUGAUGCAAACUCACUGCCAUUUCAGAGCAGUGACCAUCCUGAAGAACAAACAGGAGGAUGCUGACAUCAAAGAGGCCAUUGCCUACCUUUCCUUUGCCAUCAUUGCUUCAGGUGGUUAUGCUGAAGAUUGCCUUCUCAUCAGGGCUCGAUGUUAUGGCCGCCUUGGUCAGAAGAAAACUGCUAUUUUUGAUUUUAAUGCCAUCCUAAAGGAGGAGCCUAGGAACGUGCAAGCUCUGAGUGGACGAGGAUUCAUUUACCUUGCUCUGAAGCAGCAUAAGGAGGCAGUGCAAGAUUUGAUCUUGGCGCUGAAGGUGGAGGCAGGAGUAGUGAUCCCAGCAAUCCUGUCUUUAAAGCUUGAAGCCCAAGAGUUGAUCACUCAAUUGCUCCUUCAGCAUGGCAGGACUAUGUUAACUGAGCUCGUUGCUACUAAAGACAUUUCAAAAGAAGAAGCCCUCAGGGAUCUUCUCAUGAUUGCAAAAGCACUAAUUAAAAUUUGCAAGGAUGCACCACAGUAUCACAUCUUCUACACAGAUGUUUUGAUUGCAAAUGGAAGGUAUGAAGAGGCCCUUGCUCACCUUCAGGAGGCAUUUGGCCACUCCCUUGCUGAUGACUUUGCUAGUGCAAGACUAGCUGUGCUGCAGCUGAAGAAGAGGAACACGGCAGUGGCAGCUCACUCAUUCAGCAUCCUAGCUGAGAGAGAUGAAAGGGAGUUGGCGUUUCUCCUGAACUUCAUAGACGCUAAGCAACAGCAGCAUCUCUCUCAGGUACAGUCCUUUUUUGAUGCCACAUCUGUGGAUUCAGUGGGGAAAGAAAUGGGAAGCAAAAGAUAUCCAGAGCUGACUUGUACAGAAAUGGUCUCAAAAGCUAUAUGGUCAGUGUCAGAAUUAGACCCUCAGCCCAAGGUAGAAGUUGCCAUUCCACAUGCUGUCAUGGCAUAUGGACCCCAAAUAGGGUCUCCAGAAGAUGAUGUGCAAGUAGCAGCCCAGGAAGGAAAUGUGCUGAUUAAAGAAUAUUGCUACGAGAAGGCUCUUGGUUAUUAUACCCUGGCUGUCUUGACAAGCAAAGAUAAUCCAAGGUAUCUCCGACAGAGGGCUGCUUGCCUUAUGCACCUGGAAAAAUAUGACAAAGCUUUAAAAGAUAUGGAGAAAGUGAUCCAGAAGCAUGGCCGUAACAGUCUUAAAACACGUGUUGAGGACCACUGCUCAAAAGGAUACCUGCUAUUGUCAGUGGCUGAGGAAGAAGCAGCAGUUAAGCAGUAUAUUGAAGCACUGCAGUUAGAUGAAUCUAUGGCAUUGUGCAGCAUCAUGAAUGGCCCUGGCAGUGAAUUUUUAACCAAAACAUUUCAUAAGAUUGCACAAUAUAAUUUUGAAAUGCAGCAUUAUGAAGAGGCCUGGAAAAUCACAGACUAUGGUCUUAAAAUUGAUAAAAAUACUGAACUUAAAAAGCUGAAAACAAGACUUAAGCGAGAGGCAUCAAGCUGUAGCAUACAUUAAGUUAUCUGAUUUGGGAUUUUCCAGUGUCUGAUUGCUUUCUAGUUUGUGAGGCUGCAAGAAUAAGGGAAACAUGAGAAGCUCAUAAUAAAUAUGCAAUGGACGUGGCACUGAACAUGAUACAGCAAGAUUAGAAGUAGAAAGUUUCAGGUAGUGAAACAAAACUGACCAAGAAAGCUAUGAGAAAAAGGCAAAUGUCAGUAUUCAGUAUUCUUUUAAAUUAUUGUGGAUGUAUAUAAACUCCCCCUUGUGAAGAAAGUGUUUUGUCUGGCUGAACUGAACUAAUUCUAACACACGGGUUCCAAUCAUAGUGAAGGAAAACAUUCAAAUAGCUUGCAGUUUAUGAAUAAUAACCAUGUAUUUCUUUGCUAUUUAUUUGAUUAGCUUUAACACGUACUGUUAAUUAAGUAGCCUUAUUUUUAUGGGCCAGUCAAAAAGAUCCAUCAAAAGUAACAUUUGUAAUGUGUUUGUGAAGGACCAUAUGUGUUACACCGCUCAGAUGACCCACUCCUGAAUGGAAGGAACCGCCCUUGUCAUAACCUAGUGGAUUUGCAAUGAUCAGCACCGAUAUAGGAGAGUGGAGCGGUACAAAUGCCAAGUAAACUGUUUUUCUGUCCCAGGAAACAUAGAUAAUAGGAAGGAUGAGACUCAACAGAAAUGAAACAUCCAAUUUAGUGACUAAUACCCUGUUAUCUGGGGGACACAGGCAGCUAUACUCCAGACUUCACCUUGGACUUCCACAUCGCUGUGUCUCAGUUUGCCAGUGCAGAUAAGGGAGAUAAUCUCUCAGUAGGGGUGUCUGCAAGAGCCUGCUCAAUAUCAUCUUUCACGCUCCUGGAUAUUCGUGCACAAAAGACAGCAUUGGAGCAUGAACUAAUCAAGAAGCGAUCAAUGUACAAGUAGGAGGUCAGGGUUGGAGGCAAUGGCCAAGAUGGUAAUAUGAUUGCUCUGCAGUGAUUCAGCACUCAUUCUUCAUCAUCCGUGCUGGACAGCAUGGGAAUCAACAUCUCACAUGCUCUGAAGGGUUUUGCCUGCUGUCACGUAUAUAGCUUCACCACCUAUAAGGACAGCUAGACUUAGGGGCCAGCACAGAGACAGUGCUGAUAUACCCAAUUUGUGCAUGGUUUGGUGUUUAAUCUGCGCAAUGGGAGUCUACAGCUUAAUUUGGAAGCAGUAUGCCUAUGCUGUGCAAAAAGGAAACAAUGAGGUGGGGCCCAAUACAACAGAGUCGUGUAUUUGUUUUGACUGCUCCAAGUGAGUUCUCCCAGUGUUUCUGGAGUGUGAUAAUACAACCAUGAAGAAAAAUAGAAACUACUAUUGAACACAAAGAUUAAAGCAAUACUGAGAACUGCCCUCCUCCUUUGAUUAGGAUGAAAGGGAAAGGGAACAUUUUCUUUUUUGUUACAUUGUUUUCUGAAAGGCAACAUUCCAGAGUGAAACUUCAUUCAGCAGCCAUGCAAUCAACCCAAUAGGCAAUGAUACCAUCUGUACCCUUGCAUCUUUUUUUCUUCUCUGCAUGCUCCUUCUUUUCUUCCCUAAGAGCACAGGUAAGACUGGGCUUCUUUCCUUUCAAAUUCAAGAAAAGUUACUCUGAUUUUAUUCCUAGAGACACUGAUGAGUACUUUUUGCUCCUAAUUGGCAUCAGGAAACAGGAUAGUUUCUCUCCAAGCAUGAAAUUAUAUCCUUAAACAACUGUUGGCUACAUUUGCAAGCUGAAAGAAAUAACUUUGCUCAUUUUUCUUCAAACAGUAAUCAACUGAUAGGAAUUUCUCUGUGUCUCAUGCUGAAAUUUUUGAGAAGCAGUUAUUUAGGGCUUCGGAUUUUUUUUUUUUCCUUGAUUUUUGGUUUGGGUUUUUGACUGGAAUAAUAAAUCUCUCUACAGCUUCACAUUGCUAUUUUCUCAGCAUUGCCUCUUUUAGUUGCAGGUUUAGUUCAGUGUCAGUCAGCCAAUAGUUUCUCUCUUUAGCAGUUUGAUCCUUGUAUAGCUUUUAGAAUAGAAUAGUUCAAGUUGGAAGGGACCUACAAUGAUCAUCUAACUGGCUCACCACUUCAGGACUGGCCAAAAGUUAAAGCAUAUUAUUAAGGGCAUUGCCCAAUUGCCUCUUAAACACUGACAGACAUGGGGCAUCGACCACCUCUAGGAAGCCUGUUCCAGUGUUUGACCACCGUUUUGGUAAAGAAACUUUCCUAAUAUCUAGUCUAAGAUAUCUAUGUCUAUACAACGUACUCUCAUUAGAUAAACAAUUGAGACAAUGUAUAGUCUCCUUUGCCACAAUGAAUAUUGCUGAAGAUGUUAU